UAAAAAAAAAAAUCUUAAACUAUUAUAAAAUUUUAAUUUUAACUACAAAAAGAAAAUUAUAAUAUUCGAUUUGAUAAAUGAAAAGAAAAAAACAUAUUGUACUUAUGUUACUUUAAUUAAUACGUGUACGAAAAAAUUUCUACUUUGAGCUUAAAUUUUGCUUCUGUAAUUUGUUCUAAAAAUGAUGUUUCCACACGUCGAAAAUAUGUUUAGCAAGGACCGUCGCAAAUCAAGCAUCAAUUUUUUAAAUUAUAAUCGAUUUCAUUUUAUGGAUAGGAGUCGUGAAUCCCGGCGACGCAUCAAUCAUCCACCGGCUGCGCUGUACAGUACCCUUGGAGAACGAGUACGCACCAGUGCUCCUUCAGCGCUACAAUGCGCGCUCUUCUGCGGUGGAUCGCGAUGCCAGUAUGAACUGCCUCUGCAGCGAGCGGCUGCUAUACAGGGACUAUACUCUGAUUGGAUUACAGAUGAUAUACUGGCGAUGGCACGCCCCAGCACCGCCAGUAUAGCAGCCAGGAAUAUUAUACAACAGUUCCAUAGUUGGGGUAUCCGCACGGUGAUCAACCUUCAAAUGCCUGGCGAACACGCCAGCUGCGGUCCACCGCUCACCAAGUCGGGAUUCACGUAUGACCCUGUGAUAUUUAUGGCCAAUGAUAUAUAUUAUUACAACUUCGCGUGGCCAGAUUAUGGGGAGGCGAGUUUAAGCGGACUGCUUGAUAUGGCCAAAGUAUUGUCCUUUGCGCUUCAAGAAGGAAGAGUUGCCAUACACUGCCAUGCAGGCUUAGGGCGCACCGGCGUCCUCAUAGCGUGCUACCUGGUAUACUCCCUGCGGGUACGAGCCAACGACGCAAUCAGAUUAGUCCGCAAGAAGAGGCCCAAGUCUGUCCAGACCUCCGGACAGAUACUUUGCGUGCAGCAAUUCGAGCACUAUUUACUGCCGCAGACUGUUGUGUUCAGUUCCAAAGAACCAAUAAUGUUAACUAAAGACCACAAGACAGCUGAGUUCACUUUACGCCAAUAUUUAUAUAGACAACGGGCGACACUGCACGGCUUAGAAGAAAGGGCUUUUAAAGAAUUACCUAAGAUUGUGUAUUGCAUAUGUGAACGUCUUCUAAAACUAUGCGGAUGCCAAAGAAGUCUUGGGAUCGACUUUCGCGUGAGGAACCGUCCGUUCUACAAAGCGUUUCUCGCGUACCGGCUGAAGCAGACCCGAGUACCGGACCCCACAACACCGGAAGAAGUUCCGACAGAUCAAGUAGCAGCUUUGCCAAUGGUGAAGUGGCGGGACCCGGUGGAGGAGGAUAUUGAACGCAACCUGGAGUCCGUCAGCAGAAUCACGGGUGCCUCCAAUGGUAUAUUACCCGCACUGCAGGUCCACGAGGCAUUCGUCGUGGAUCACCACAGUCUUCCAGAUGACAAGCUCAAGUAUCUUAAGCAAAUGCGAACGGACAUCAACCAGAGGCGAGAUGCAAUCAAUAGGAUCGACGAGGAGGAGGACCCGACAGUACUGACGUGGUUGCUGUGCGAGUGGCUGGAAGGUCUGAAGCAACCAGUACUGGACCGGGAUGACCUCGCCGCAAUAGUGGGCCGCGCGCAGAACGUAGAAUCCUGCUUGCUAACGUUGCCCAUGGAGGACGCCAUGCUCCUAGAAUACCUACUGCGCUUCGUGACUCGCUUGCGGCCUCUGGCGGCUACCAAAAAGAUAGACAUUCUAAAACGUCUCCUUACUUCCCUCGCGCAUCAAACCAUCAUGAUCAGUGGCCGAUGUCUUCCAACCCGCAAGGACUACCCUCGACUGAGAGACGGAACUUGCAACCAAGUUAUCAACUUUUUUUUGAGAACUAUCGUGGAACUCCAAAGGGAUAUGAUGAAACCAGGAAGGGAUGAUGCUGACGUAGUUAUUCCAAUGAGAAGGUUCAGAUUAAAGGCUUGGAAAUAA